CAAUGUACAUUCCCGUUCCGAUUCAGCUGCGGCACCGCUCGGCCACAAUAACGUACUGUACUUGCACGAAAUAAAAAGCUAAUUCCAAACAUGGCAAAACCUAGAGUUUUCUUUGACAUUGCUAUCGGCGACCAGAAAGCUGGCAGGAUUGUAAUGGAGCUCAGGGCAGAUGUGGUUCCAAAAACUGCAGAAAACUUCCGCGCUUUAUGCACUGGGGAGAAGGGGUUUGGUUACAAGGGCUCCAUCUUCCACCGUGUCAUUCCCAAGUUCAUGUGCCAGGGUGGUGACUUCACCAACCACAAUGGAACUGGAGGCAAAUCCAUCUACGGCAACAAGUUUGAGGAUGAGAACUUUGUGCUGAAGCACACCGGCAUGGGUUGCCUCUCCAUGGCCAAUGCUGGACCCAACACUAAUGGAUCCCAGUUCUUCAUCUGCACGGCCGAUACUGCCUGGCUGGAUGGGAAGCACGUGGUCUUUGGCACUGUGGUCGACGGCAUCGACGUGAUCAGGGAGAUGGAGAAGAAGGGUUCAAGCAGUGGCAAAUGCAGCGUCACAAUGAAGAUUGAAGAUUCCGGAGAGCUCUGAGUUUCUUGAUCUCCCCAGAAACCUGCCAUGAUCUGAGCAACUCCAUCCAUCCACCCCCUCACCCCCACCUCCGAUCCCCCUCCAAACCCCACCUAGCUACAAGCAUCUGACUUCCCUCCUUACCCAUUCCGUCCCACCUCACUCCAUCCCAUCCACUGAAGUGAAAUGGCAACGUCCUUUUAUCCUUGAAAUUAAUUUUUUUAAUCAUUCCUCAGUAGAGAUGUUUUUUUUUGUCCUUUGUCUGUUUCGGUUGUCACAUACCUUUUUGCAUUUGAAAUGUACCAUCAGGACCACAUUUGUUUAACAAAAUCUGAUUAAAGUGACAAAAGACUCCUUAAA